CUCUUUGGACGCCAGCAGCACACAGUGAGGCUGAGGACAACAGAGGAGACGGGAGAACCAUGAUUUCAUGCUUUUCUUUCUGCUAAUUGAAGAGCGACACCCUCUUAAUAACACACCCCAACCCCCAAACCCCAAAACCAUCACCCGCCACCACCACACACAAUAACUGAUGGUGUGGGAGGAUCAUAGAAGAAGAGCCACACAUUUAAAUAUCAAACUUAUCGUGUUUGACAGAAGCUUUCGCUCCAUGGAAUAAUGUUUGCUUUAGUUAUGAUUUAUUAUAUCCAACAUCUUAUGAUUGGUUUCUAACUGAGUCGUCUCUUUUAUAAAAACAUCAAAUCCUGAAGCUUCUGGAUGGUUCACUGUAGAGGAGGUGAUCUCUUCUUUGACUGGAGGCUAUUUGAGUUCCACUCUGGCCUCACACGACUCCAUCUGUAAACAUUGUGAAAGCAAGCUGUGGUGUUUUUGGAGCCGUUCCCUUCCACAGUCGACCGAGCUGAGGAGAUACCUCCACAUUAUAAUCAGAGCCCGAAGUGGAAAGCACAUUGUGUUAGUGCAGCGCUGUGUGAUCCCUCGCCCGGGUGUGUAACCAGCAGCUCUGUGCCGAGCCCUGCCCCGGCUGCUCUCUGCGUCUCAGAGUUCUACGUGCUGCUCGAGAGGAAGGAGGUGACCACAGCUUCAACUUCUCUCUGUAACAUCACCACAUUCUACACUCAAGCGUUUCUCUGCCGUGUUUCAACAGCACAGAUCCGAGAGCUGCUCACAGCGGCAGAGAUCAUGGACAGAGAGAGAAGCUGAUUCUGCUGUUUUCAAGAUGAACGAUCGAUAACAAGAGGGAAGGAUCUUUUUCUUAACAGUCGUUCACACAGAUUCCAAAGGACGGAUCGUGCAGCUCAAAGUGUGCACCAGUGUGUGUGGUGGGAUUCUUUCUCCUUUUGUUCCACAUGUGCACAAAGAACGUUUUUAUGGACUUCAGUGACGAGGGCUGAGCACCAGAACCAAACCUUCUCCAACACAAACACCUCCUCCCAACACGUCUGCUCUGCUUCACCACAAAGAUCCAGGAGAUGAACGUCAGCGUGAGCCCGGAGCCCCCCCCCCCCUGCGUGGACCACCACGCCCUGCAGAUCCCGCUGGCCGUGUUCUACUCCAUCAUCUUCGUCCUGGGUCUGGUUGGGAACUUGGUGGCUCUGUGGGUUUUCUUCUGUGUCCAGUCCACUAAGAAGAACUCUGUGAGGGUGUUUCUGAUAAACGCAGCGUUUGCAGACUUGCUGCUGGUGGCGUGUUUACCGUUCAGGAUUCUUUAUCACAGCCAGGGCAACGAAUGGGAUCUGGAUCCCCUCUUGUGUAAAGUUGUGGGCAACUUCUUCUACAUGAACAUGUACAUCAGUGUCACGCUGCUGGGGCUGAUCAGCGUGGACCGCUACCUGAAGAUCCACCGCGGCACGGGGACGCGGUGCAGAGCGCUGUCCACCAGGUGGAGCAGCGUCCUCUGUGCAGGCAUCUGGACCAUGUCCUUCUCUCUGGCUUUGUUCAUGAUGUCCAAGACCGACCCAGAGCCCAACAGAUGUUUCCACUACAGGCAGCUCCUGAAGGCAAAGUGGAAAGCCUACAUCAACAUCGGCCUCCUGGUGGUCUUCUGGCUCGUCUUCCUGUCUCUGAUCGUGUCUUAUGGAAAGAUCGCCCGCACGCUCCUCAGAACGUCACAUGACAAACCUGACCUGCCCAACGCCGCACGCUACACCAGAACCGCCAGGAAGUCCUUCUUCAUCCUCUUCCUCUUCACGCUCUGUUUCGUCCCCUAUCACAUGGUCCGGGUGUUCUAUAUCAAAACUCAGAUCACAGACACGCCCUGUUACUGGAGGGGUGUGGCCGACAAAGCCAAUGAGGUGGCUCUGCUGUUCUCGGCCCUGAACAGCUGCCUGGACCCCGUCAUGUACUUCCUGCUGUCGUCCUCCGUGAGGAAGCAGGUGCUGCGCCUGCUGGGAAACGUGUUGUGUGUGCGAGACGCUGUGGGAGUCAGUGGAACCAGCUCCACCAUGGACUGCGAUGGGAGAAGUGGGAGAACGGACAGAGGGGAGGCCAACCUGGGACUGGUGAGGGAGAGGGAGGAGCUGAGUCCAGCCGGGUGGAGACGUGAAGCUGCUCUGACACAGUGACGCUCCGUCACCUUCAUCCUCAACAUGACCGUCAGCAGGUGGCAGCAGUGUUUCUCAAAUGAUUCAAUCUCCUCUGAGUUAAUGAUGACAUCCUCCUCGUUACCACAGAGCAGAUUCAACCAUUCAGAGCUCAGUCACAAGUGAACCAGGUCGAGAACAAACUGAUCUCUGAUCCUCGUCGGCCUCAAAGCUUCAUCCUCCGUCGGUGCAGAGGAACAAAGUCUGUGAUAUUUAACAGCUGGUACAGUAAAUGUGUAAAUAAUAAGAAUAAUGAAUUUUCUACGUGAAUUGUUUCAAGAUACAAGUUGAAUUUGUUUACCUGCUGGAAUCUGAGCCUGCAGUGAACAGGAGCUUAUUAUGGAUCAGCUGAUACAGGGCUUAACAGGCUAAUAUGAAUAUAUAUAUAUAUUGUAAUAAUAAAUUUGGGUAAAACACA